CAUCCUUUAUAAGGCUAUCCCAUCUUCACACUUUUCUCCACAUCUUCAUUUCACACAAGUGAAAAAAAAUAAAAAUUCAAGUAAUUUUUUUUCCCUUCUUUUUUCUUCAUAGCUAUGGUUUUUGGUAAGGAAGCUGCUAGGUUUGGUGUUGGUGUUAUUGGGAAUAUCAUUGCACUGGUCUUGUUUUUGUCACCCUUGAUGACAUUCGUUCGUAUAUGGAAAAGCAAGUCCGUGGAGCAAUUUUCUCCAAUUCCAUACCUAGCCACAUUUGUCAACUGUGCACUUUGGGUAUUAUAUGGUCUUCCAAUGGUUCAACCUCACAGCAUUUUAGUUAUAACCAUUAAUGGUACUGGUCUAGGCAUCGAGAUCGUGUACCUUAUGCUGUUUUUCUUGUACUCGGAUCGUAAGCAGAGGAUUAAAGUUAUUCUAAUCGUCGUCGUUGAAAUUAUUUUUGUUGCUGUACUUGCGUUUUGCGUUCUAACUUUUGUCCAUAAAGACGAAAUAAAAAAAAGGGCAGCUAUUGUUGGUAGCAUUUGCAUGGUGGGCAACAUUUUGAUGUAUGCUUCCCCUUUGUCAGUCAUGAAAUUGGUGAUCAAGACCAAAAGUGUGGAGUACAUGCCAUUCUUCCUUUCACUUUUUUCAUUUCUCAAUGGUGUUAGUUGGACUGCUUAUGCCCUCAUUCGUUUUGAUGCCUACAUUCUUGCACCUAAUUCAAUGGGAACUGCUCUUGGGCUGGCCCAAUUGUUGAUUUAUGCUGCAUAUUACAAGUCCACUAAGAGGCAGAUAGCAGAAAGAGAGGCUAAAGGAGAAGUGGUCAUGGCUGAAAAGUCUGUUUCUGGUAGGGUGGCCCAAAAGCCCAAUAAUGAUUCUAGAGUUUAAGUUUGUGUGGUUUUUGAAAGCCCAUUUAACUUUUAGUAUUUGAUGUUUUAGCCCAACUUCUUUUCUCAUGACACCUUUUAGUACCCCCUACCCCCCACCCCCACCUCACACCCCCCACCUGGGUGCCUAAGGCACUCUUAUCUACCCCUUACAACAUGUAACAAAGAUAGAAUGAAAAAUUAAGCUGAAAAUUCAGCAGUUUUUAUUACA